AUGGAUGACAUUGAACUCUUAGCGCGCUUCUCCCCACCGCAACAACCCUCCCUCCCACGCGCUGCGAAACGGGCGAGUUCGGGUUACCAAUGCGCGGCGGAUUCGUUCCAGCAGUGGGCGAACGGGCGGGUGGGCAAGCGCGUGGCGGAGUUCAUCCCCAACUUCGCCAUCGCGCUCACCAUCUACCUCACCGUGCACGCCUUCGUGCUGCCGUCGACACUCCCAAGGCAUAACCGCUCCCUUCGCGGAACCGACUCUUCCGCCGCACGAUCCGGCGCCGAUCACGGCGCAUCGUCGGGGGAAGCCUUCCCCGGAAUGGACGACUGGCCGGACGCGCCGAGCCUGCCACGUCGGCGCAUCCUCCGCGCCGCGUCGUCCGACGAUCUCGUCGACGUGGACGAUCUCGACAUGGUCCACAACCAGAACAUGCCGCUUCCUGAUUGGGCGAGAGAUAUUCCCUCCAUGACCAUCUUCUGCGCUCCGAAGCCGUACUUAAACACCCCGGAGGACCCGCAGCGCCGCGCGCUGCUCUCCUGGCUGCGCCUCCGCCCGCAACCUAAAGUCGUGCUGCUAGGAUCCGAUCCCAGCUUCGAUCUCCUCGCGCAGGAAUUCCCGGGGUCCGUAUUCGUCGACUCGACGAUCGACACGAAUUUCUACGGCGUGCCGCUGUUUCACGCGAUGGUCGCGCGCGCGCAAGCGGCGGACACGCCGCUGUCGAUGAUGAUCAACGGGGAUAUUAUUCUCCUAUCCGACAUCGUCCCCGCGAUCGGGCGCGUGCAGGCGUUUUUUAGCGAGUGGAUCCUAACCGCGUCGCGAUGGGACGUCGCGGUGGAUUUCCCGUACUCGUUUGAGAAAGACGCGUGGCGGCGGAAACCCGGCCCGGUUGGGAUGAUGGCGGAGGCGCAGCGCGAGGCGGAGAUCCGCCGGUUCGUGCGACGGGAAGGGAGCUUGCACACGUACGGCGGGGUAGACCUCUGGGUGUGGAACAACGUUCCCAACGUUCCGCUUUUCUCGGCGCACAUGCCGCCGUUUUCGUUCGGGCGCGGGAAGUACGACAACUGGUUCGUGCACGAGUCUGUCGCGAGCGGGCUGCGACAGGUGGUGGACGCGAGCGACGCGAUCACGAGCAUCCACGUGGCGCACACGUACUCGCACGUGCGCGUGGAGGAGAGCAAGGCGGGCGGGCAUUUUUGGAGCACGCGGAAGAAGAGCAGCUGGGAGCUGUUCGCGAAUAUUCACCUGGCGGAGACGCACGGCACGUAUACGAAUCAGAAGGGCACGGCGUUGCACACGCCGUGGCGCCUUUCCUCCUGCUACGAACCCGAUUCGUUGAACAUCUGCAUGCUGAAGCGCGAGCGGCCGGCCAACUGCUCAUGCGAAUACUCCGCUUACGAGUACAAGACCCAGUCCGACCCGCGCAAGCACCACUCGGGCGACUUUUGGAUCUGCGGUGUCGUCUCAAUCGAUCGCCGCGCCGAUUUCGCAAUCAACGCCGUAGCCCGUACCAACUCCACCGUUGGUCUUCCCCACACCAUGGAGCAGCUGUUACCGCAGCUAGCCAGGAUCGUCCCGGACGUCCCCUUGCCAGGCGCUGCUGGCGCUGGAAAGCCCAAGGAGCUCAAGGUGGUAACGCUGGUCGCGGUUACGUUCGGUUACGCCGAAAUGCUUAUGAAUUUCGUGUGCAACCUGCGGAAGCUGGGGCUCGGGAAUAACCUCAUCGUGGCGGCUCUGGAUGAGGAUUUGUACCGGUUUGCGUUCACGCAAGGCCUUGCGGUGUUUUACGAACGCGCGAGUACGACUAUGAGGGGGAUAGACCAGGGCCAGUGCCAGUUCGGAACCAAGUGCUUCCGGCAAUUCACCAAGCUGAAAUCCCGCGCCGUGCUGAGAGUUCUUAAGGCCGGAUACUCGGUUCUUUGGUCCGACGUGGACAUUGUGUGGUUCUCCGACCCUCUCCCGCACCUGCUCUCGUACGGGCCUGGCACGUUCCCGAUCCAGAGCAACGAGCCGAACGCGACGCUGUCAGGCACGGGGAUUCGGCGGAUCAACUCGGGGUUUUACUUCGCAAGAGCAGAUCCCAUGACUGUCAAGGGAUUCGAGGCGAUUGUCGCGCAUGCAGCCAAGACACAGCUUUCGGAACAGCCGAGUUUCUACGAUGUACUCUGCGGGGAGAAAGGGGAGCUGCUGCUUCCGGAAAGCGUGGUGGAUGCUGAGGGGAGGAAGCUCCUCAAGAGCGGGAAUGGUGGGUCCCGCCAGCGCCUUAAUCUCCUCGGCAUCGGCGUCUUCCCCCCUACCGCAAUUAGCGGCGGAUCUUCCGCCGCCGUGGAAGUCGCAGAGAGUUUCGAGAAACCUGCGGCUGAGGCGUCUGCUGCGCCGGCAAACGCGGAGGAAGAAGCGUCUGUCGACGUCGAGAAGGUUCGCGAGCAGCUUCUUCGCGAGGGCUUCGUCAUUCUCAAAGACGCGCUUCCGCAAUCAACGGAAUGGUCCGAGCCGCCUAAGCUUCCCGCUCAGCUCUUCCCAACGACAGCGUCCGAAUCGGAAUCCGAGUCGGACGCUGAGUUAAUCUCCACCCCCUCGUCGCUAGUAGCCAAGGCUCUCCUGCCGUCCUUGCCGGCGUCCGCGCUUCGGGUGGUGGAGGACGUGACGGGGACCAACGUGGAUCAGGGCCCGGCCACGUGGCACACUGUGAUUCAUCAAUGGUCUGCUGGCCUGGGCUGUUUGGACGGCAAGACGUGCGAGGACCCGAGAUUCGUCAGCGACAGCUGGCAGGUCGCCUGCACGCCGCCUGCUGACGUGGAGCUGAGUAGGCAGCGCCUGGAUGAUGCGAUUCUGACUGUUGUGGUUGCCACCCAAAACGCCGGCGACACGUCAGCGUCUGCCCAGCUGGCGAUCUUCCCGCAUAGCCAUUGGCUCGUGGCCGACUGGCUGGAUGCUGCUGACAAGGAACCUUCCUUGAACCUUCUCCCCCGGCCAAACCAACUGCCUCUCCCAGCACCCAUCAAGGUCUCACUUUCUUCCUCGGAUCUCCUCCUCCUGCAUCCCUGGGCUGUCUUCUCCCUCCUCCCCAACCCCUCCUCCUCCUCCUCCACCUCUCUCUGCUUCGACUCGCUCCUCCUCCCCUCCCCACCCGAACCCCUCACCCCUCCCCCCUCCCCUUCCUCUUCUUCCACCGGCCAAUCAUCAUCAACAUCAGCCGCAGUAGCCGCAGCGCCAUAUCGCAUGUGGGCCAACGCGCCCGCUCCGGCCAAUCAGGAGGCAGGCGCUGAUGUGGCAGCACCGCGAACCUUCUCUCUGCCGCCAGAACUGAGCGAGCAAGAGCUGGAAGCACUGGAAGAGGAGGAAGAAAAGGCGAACAUUGGAAACUGGGCCGUGGCCAUGGUCGGCCGCUCCUCUACACCAGCACUCGCAGGAGAAGCAGCAGCGGCAGCGGUGUCAUUCCCCCAUGCAGACGCGCGCAGCCUUACCCUCUGGCGCCUCACCUCGCGGGCCCGGGAGCUCCUUGCAGCCCAACGAUUCGAGGAGGCCCUGCCGCUGCUGAGGAAAGCAGUGGGGCUGCGACCGCAGGAUGCGUGGCUGUGGUACCAGGCUGGCAGGAGCGGCGAGCAAGCGGCUCCCAAGGGGCAGCUGGCUGGGCGGGCGGGGAGGAAGUGCCUGCUGGAAGAUUCUGAGCGGUUUCUGCUCCGUGCCAUUGAGCUAGCUCCAACAUGGCCUCUGCCAUACGCAUCUCUCAUCAACGCCCUCGUCGCCAUGGGUCGUGGAAGGGAAAACGAGGCACCAGCUGUUUUGCAGAAGCUGCUGGCAAUCCCAAACCUGGCUGCGGUUUGUUCUGCCGAUCCAGCGACCGCUGCUAUUGUAGACCACGCCGUGCAGGGCACGCACGUUGUCUCGCAGAUCUCGAGGUGGUACCAGUUGAUCCAGACAAAGACACCCUCAGUAAUGGCGGCGUCUCUUUCAACCUCCGCGGCUCGAUCCGUUGCCAGCUUUGGCCAGACCAUUGCCGGCCGUCGGUCCCUAUCGGACAACAAGCCGGCUCCCGCGUUCGUCAAACCUGGAGCUCGCAAGGGUGUUCGCGCUGAGGCCAAGCCCACAGCGGAGGCGACGUUGACCGGCGUUGUGUUCGAGCCGUUCGCCGAGGUGCAGAGCCAGCUUACCCAGGUUCCCGCUGUCAUCCAGCCGCAGGAGUCGUUUGCCCGGCAAAACUACUCUUCGGCCGCCGAGGCUGGGAUCAACGAGCAGAUCAAUAUCGAGUACAACAUCUCGUAUGUGUACCAUGCGCUGUACUGCUACUUCGACCGCGACAACGUGGCCCUGCCAGGCUUUGCCAAGUACUUCAAGGCAGCCAGCAACGAGGAGCGCGAGCAUGCAGAGAUGCUAAUGGAGUAUCAGAACAAGCGUGGUGGCCGGGUGAAGCUGCAGUCCAUUCUGAUGCCCGCGACCAUGGAAUUCGAUCACCCUGAGAAGGGCGAUGCUCUUUACGCGAUGGAGCUUACCUUGGCUCUUGAGAAGUUGGUUAACGAGAAGCUGUUGGCCCUUCACAAGGUGGCAUCUGAUGCUGGAGAUGUUCAGCUUACCGACUUCCUGGAGGGUAACUUCCUGAACGAGCAGGUUGAUGCCAUCAAGCAAGUGUCAGACUAUGUCGCCCAGCUGAGACGUGUUGGCAAGGGUCAUGGCGUGUUCCACUUUGAUCUGGAGCUGGAGGUUGGAGCGCACUGA